UGAAUCAAUCCGUUGAAAUGGCUUCGCUGCGUGUGGUGAGGAGAAUGUUCUCCGCUGCGGCAGAAACGGUAGCAGCUCCGGUUACAAGCAGCAGAUGGGAGAGGCUGAAAAACAGUAAAGCAGUUGGGUGGUGUCGUGACCUGGUCUCUGACUACAAAGAGGCAUGUCGGGAGAUUGUUGUUGGUUCAUGGGAGCGACCGGUCAAAGCCUCUGUAUAUGCCUCUCUGCUGGGUGGGACCUGGGCUUGUUUCUACACAAGACCUGACCACUCGUCCUUUGAAGCCACCCUGCUGGAGUACUCCAACCAGCUGGGCCUGCUGUCACCAUGGAUCCGCAAUGGGACCUCAAAUGGCCACGUACAGAGUCUGGUGAAACUUCGUAACGAGGGACGGCUCCAACAUACCAGCUUGGGUCUGCUCUCUCUGGUUUACCACUCUGACUACGACCAAGACACCACACUGUACGAAGCCCAGUGCUCCAAUCUGUCAACACCCUGGAGGGAGCUGCCUCAGCGGAUACUAGAUGUGGGCUUUGUCGGCCGCUGGUGGGUGCUCGACUCAAAGAUGAAGGACUAUGAUGUGAACGACGAUGAGUUCAAGCACCUGCCACCACACAUGCAGGUGACGUUGCCACCUGCUGUUCAGGAGGUGGAAAGGAGCGAGAGGUUGCACAAAGAGUCCUGGUUAGCACUGCAAGGGGGGGAAGAUGAGAAAGAAACUAAUAUACUGGACAGAAAGGAAGAGGGCCAAAUACAAGCACUGAAAGAGAAGCCGACUCGAGCCUAAAUGCUAUCUGGACGUUUCUAAACUGUGAAUUGCCAAUUUCAAACGGCAGCUUUGAUUUGUCAAAGUCCAAGCAUCCCAUUAAAAUCCUUCGCUAUGAUUUUAUUUAUUUACCUGUUUCUGUAUCACAAAGAGGUAGAUUAUAUAUAUAUAUAUAUAUACCAUGAAUCAUAUGUCAAUAAAUGUGCCGAUUAUCUCCAGAUCUCA